CACGUGGUUUGUAUAUGUGAGAACACGUGUUUUUGUAUUGGCUCGAUGUAAUUUCCUACGUCAUCGGUUUGCAUGCGUUAACUCUUUUGUCACCUGUACACUAGUAUAGGAUAUGUUUCUAUAUCAGAUUCCUAUUAUAACACCGUUCAACAAGUUUUUCUGACUCGAUAACAAUACAGCUUGGAAUAACGGUUUGAACUUUGUGUGGUGUCAUUGUUUACUGUUUCUAUACGAGUGUUAUCGAUGAUGUGAUGAAAUUGAUCGUCUGUGUCGACGUUUAAAGUCUAUAAACAUAUUAUUUAUUAGCUGGUGUCGGUUUAUAAUAUGUAUUACGACUUGAUAUUGUUCUCGACAGACUGGUUGCAUGUACAGUACACUGCGUAUUGAACCGUGGUUUCGGUUUCGGUUUCAUUUCUACUGCAUCCUUGUGUUCAGUCAAGUAGUGAGAAAGAAGGAUGGAUUCUAAGAGAAAAGCUGGUAGAGGAGAUGGCGAUCGAGGGAGAGGACGAGCACGUGGACGAGGACGAGGUCGUAGUAGAGGGAGAGGUUACGAACCUCAGUAUGACAUUCCAUUUAGAGGUAUACAAGAGUCACUUCCCACAGCAUCAAGACUCGAUGAAAGGCGAUCUACUAGUACAGCAGGAGAUAGAACUAAUCUUGGUGGAGCACAGUUUCGUGGUUUUCAACGUGGUGGAGAAUUUCGAAGUAGACAAGAAUCACACUCUCCGAUCCCAGCAGAAGAUGCAAGAGCAACGACUAGUAGAGCACCUGCAAUAAUUACACCUGUUGAGAGUAUGACAAGACCAUCUUUAUGUACAAAAGAUAUUGCUCUAAUGGAACAUCCCGAUAGAGCUCAUGAAGGUGGACAGUCAUCUUCAGCCAUGGCUCUUGCUUCUGUAUCGCAGUCAAAAAGUUCAGUGGAUAUUAUUACGACCGCGAUGAAGAGACUAGGCCUUGAAAUAACUAAUACUGGAUCUACAAGACAUAACUUUGCUAGAAGACCUGGCAUUGGCAUUAAGGGUAAAAAGAUAAAUUUACUAGCAAAUUAUUUUCCAAUAGAUAUACCACACGGAGAAGUGUAUCAUUAUGAUGUGGAAAUUGAAAAGGUUCUGCUUAUAACAGAAGAGGGUGGUACUGAAAGUAAACCUACGCAUAAAAAGUAUAGAUGCCAAAACACUAAAUUGAAGAGAAGAGUUAUUGAAGAAAUGAUUCGUGAAGUUCCUCUAUUCAGAAAUAUUAGACCGGCAUUUGAUGGCGAGAAAAAUUUGUACACCCGAAAACCAUUACCAAUAAAAGACACAAAAGUAUUUUCUGUAAGGGCUACGGAUGAUUUUAAUCCUGAAAAAAUGAUAACAUAUGAAAUUAAAAUUAAACCUGUCAAUAGGACAGACUCAACUGAAAGGUCCGAUGAUAAUUCAAUUAGUUUAGAACCAUUACACGAGUUGUUAGCGGGUAGAUGCAGUGAUAUAACAGAAAGUAUUAUUAUGGGAAUGAUGGCCAUAGAGACCAUACUAAGACACGGUCCUGCUCUACAUUUGGUUCCAGUUGGAAGGUCGUUUUUCAUAAAGCCUCAGAUGGAUGAAGUUCCUCUAUUAGGUGGAGGAAGAGAAAUUUGGUUUGGUCAUCAUCAAAGCAUGCAGCUGUGUCAAUGGAAGCCCAUGUUAAACAUUGAUAAAUCGGCAACGACAUUUUAUAGAAGCUGCUCCGUUGUUGAGUUUAUGUUUGAAAUAUUAUAUCCACGAACUGAGAACUUUGAGUUGGCUGCAAGACAGAUGAGAGGUCUCACGGAUGCUGAAAGAAGAACACUUACAAAGGAAAUGAAAAAUUUAAGAGUUGAAGUAACUCAUUUGCCUUAUCCCCGAAAAUAUAGAAUUCGAGACAUAACAAGAGACAAUGCUAACAACACUUUUUUUAUGAGAAAAAUUAAUAAUACAGAAGCUCCUUGUUCGGUAUCAGAAUAUUUUCGGUCCGAAUAUCAACCAUUAAAAUAUCCUAAUUUACCUUGUUUAAAUGUAGGAAAUAAUAACAAAAAUAUCUAUUUACCAUUGGAAGUGUGCAAUAUUGUGGACGGUCAACACUGUAAUAAGAAAUUAACAGACAAACAAACUUCAGAUAUGAUUCGCUACACGGCUCGACCUCCUGCAGAAAGGUUCUCUGAUAUCAGGCAGUCUGUUAAUGCUAUGAUGCAAGACUUUCAACCAUUCUCGAGAGAAUUUGGCAUUCGUGUAAGUACGAAUUUUCUAAAGUGUACAGGCAGAGUAUUGGAUCCCCCAGAAGUUAUGUACGACGGAAGUGAGACCAUCAGACCAUCUAACGGAAGCUGGAAUAUGGUAAAUAAAAAAUUUCACAAAGGAGUGACAAUUGACGACUGGAUGCUACUGAGUUUCUCGGGAAAUCGCUACUGUAACGAAGGAGUGUUAAGGAGAUUAGCCAGUAUGCUAAUAGAAAAUGGUAGAAAUGUAGGGGUAGACUUUGCAGAUCCAUUGGUAGUGAGAGGCUUUACACGUCGUGAUGGAAAGCCGGGAGAUAUAUUAAGGCAAGCUAAAGAGAUGGAACCAAAACUAGAAUUAGCAGUAAUCGUAUUACCUGCAGAAAAUAUUUAUCCUGAAGUGAAAACAGUUGCAGAAACGGAAUUAGGACUUAUGACACAAUGUGUAAGAGAUGUAAACCUUGUGGAUCGCAAAAAGUUUAAUGCACAGUUUAUAUGUAAUUUAUGUCAAAAAAUUAAUGCAAAAAUGGGUGGGGUAAACAAUUCAUUAGCACAGGAGUACAGACCUGAAAUUAUGAAUAGACCUGUGAUGAUUGUGGGUAUCGAUUGUAAUCAUCCCGCUCCUGGUGACAAAGUUGGAUACUCGAUCGCAGCAGUAGUAGGAAGUUUAGAUGCUUAUUGUGGAAAAUUUAAAGCGUCCAUUCGUGUUCAGCAUAAGAAACAGAAAAUAGGCGGACAGAGGUUCGGACAAGAUAUUGUUGUCGAGCUGAAGGACAUGAUGAAGGAACUUUUCAAGGCAUUCUACAAAUAUACCGGAGGAAAAAAACCACAAAAAAUUAUUGUUUUUAGAGAUGGGGUUAGCGAAGGUGAAUUUCAGAAAGUAAUGGAUUACGAAAUGAGAGAAAUUAGAAAGGCGUGUGAAGAAAUGGCACGUGGUGAGACCUACCGACCUCCCAUCACUUUUAUCAUAACUGGAAAACGUCAUCACACGCGUUUUCUACCCGAAAAUCGAAGAGACGGUGUGGGCAGACCGGGCAACGUUCCACCCGGUACUACGGUGGAUACGGCUGUAGUACAUCCCGUGUUCUACGACUUUUUCUUAUGCAGUCAUAUUGGAAUACAGGGUACCAGCAGACCCGCUCAUUAUACGGUUUUAUGGGACGAUAACGACUUCACGGCAGACGAGCUACAAGUGUUAACUUACUACCUGUGCCACACGUAUGCCAGAUGCACUAGGAGCAUAUCUAUACCCUGUCCCGUUAUGUACGCUGAUCUGGCAGCUUUCAGGGCCAAGCAAUAUCUGAUAAACAAAACCGAAAGUAUGUCAAGUUCUGGUAGUGAAGUGUCGGAACGUGAAGAAGUAAUUAUUGAAGAAAGCAUUAAAGAAGCCAUAAAAGUAGUUGACGAAAUACAAAAUAGAAUGUAUUUUGUUUAAGUGUUGAUAAAAAACUUUCCGUAUGUUUGCACGAAUGUGUAUUUUUGUAAAAUCACUUGGGACUGUUUCAUAGAGGGAUUGUUGGAAGUUUUAUUUUAUAUUCUUUGUAAAAUUUUCAUAUGCUAUAAGUGUUUAUAAGUGCAAUUAAAAAAAUUUUAAUAAUAAAAACUUUAGAUGCACUGCAAUGUAUAGUUUUAAAAGAAUUUGGGUGUAUAAUGUAAUAACUGAAAAAGUUUCUGUAAUUAUGAAAAUAUCUGUGUUAUAUAAUGUGAAAGAAAAUUAAAGUGAAAAUAUACUGAAAAUAUUUUAAAACUUUUAUACUUGGAAUUAGUCAAAAAUUUUGGCAUAGAUUACACUCAUGUAUAAGCUACAAUAUAACAAAAUACAGUAGAGCGUCGUUUAUCCGAAGGUCGGUUAUCCGAAGGAAUUCCAGUCGACAAAUUUAAAUUUUCGCCAGUGCU